AUGGCGGAAGGCGUACGUGACAUCCCGAACGAACACAUUGUGUGUCAGUUGUGUGGGUCUCAUAAUGACCUCCAGUUGUGCAGUAGGUGUAAGACGACUUGGUAUUGUAGUAAAGAACACCAAAAAUAUGACUGGAAGUAUCACAAGAAAACGUGCAAGAAAAAAACAUACAGCGACUGUAAAGCUAACAGUGAUAGAAACGACGGCUUCAACAUGACAAGCGCGGAAUUACAAACCAGAGUGGGCGAGGUCAACAACUCUGGUAUGGAGUGUGUGGGACGUGACAAUACCAGUGUAUCACAUUUAAAAACAAACACAUCAUUUGGUUCAUCAACACACGCGAACCUUCCUCCGAAAUGUGCCAAAGACGGAAGCAGCGGACCCCGUCCUUUUGCAUCUCCUGGAUCGAAACUAAGGGAUAAGCUUUCCGGUGACUUUGAAUCCCCGGAGGCGAAAAGUGGUGUACGUGAGAGCUCGGACAUAGACGACAAGGAUGUCGAAAACAUGUCAUUCCGUAGUAUGGACUUAUCUGAUGAGGUUGUUCCGUCAGGUUCAUAUUUGGAAAGUUCAAAUAAUGAUACUUUCAUAACAGAGGGUAGUUCGGAGACGUUUAUUUUAGAAUCAGACGAUUCAGCCUUGUGCAAGCCUGAUUAUAGCUCGGGCAAAUCUGAACAUUCCGAGAGUACCAUGUACCCUAAAGGGGAUGUAAAUACCCGACAGACAUACAUAUCAAUUAUAGAGAGCAGAAAUAAGGCACUGGCCCAGUAUGUUGUAAAUUGUCUUAAUAAAUAUGGUAUCUGUGUUGUUGACAAUUUUCUGGGUGAGUCUAAAGGACAAGAGAUCUUGGAAAAUGUGAUGUCUUUGCACAAGUCUGGGACAUUUUCAGGGGGACAGGUUAUAGAUCAGUCAAUGAAAUCUACUAAAAGAAUUCGUGGAGACAUUAUUACUUGGGUAGAUGGUACCGAACCAGGAUGUGACAAUGUGCAGUUUUUAAUUUCCUCUGUGGAUGCUGUGAUUUUACAAUGUGCAGGACAACUGGGACACUUUGAUAUCAAUGGAAGGACAAAGGCUAUGGUAGCAUGCUAUCCUGGGAAGGGCUCUCAUUACAUGAGACAUGUUGACAACCCCAAUGGUGACGGGCGCUGUGUCACCUGUAUUUAUUACCUCAACAAAGAUUGGGAAGCAAAGGUUAAUGGUGGGCUACUUAAAAUAUUCCCGGAAGGCCAAAAUACAGUGGCCUCCAUUGAACCCAAAUUUGACCGUCUGCUCUUCUUUUGGUCGGACAGACGGAAUCCUCAUGAAGUUAUGCCAGCCUACAAAACACGAUAUGCCAUAACAGUAUGGUACUACGAUUCGAAAGAACGAAGGAGAGCUGUGAAAAAGUUUAAAGGUAAUAAAAACUCCAAGCAGACUUCUGUUCCUCUGAUUAGCAGCCAAAAGUGAUGAAAUUCAUUGUGUGUUUUGCUCAGUGAUGGUGAUUUCAAGCUUUCUGUGACAGCAUUUGUAUUGAUAAUUGUUGUCAGGAAGUACAACUCCUCUGUUUCUUUGAUAAAUGAUAUCGCAGAACAAAUCCGUACCACACAGCAUUGACUUCGGACUUUGAUCAGGUUACUUUGUGUAAUCUACUAUGAACAGAUCACUUUACAUGCAGUUUACUAUGGACAGGACUUUCUCCAAAUUUUCACUGGUGCAUUCUUGUGUUUUCUAGAGAAAGAUAAACUUGUUUUAUAACCCAGGAAAAGACAGAGGAUGGCUCACACAAGCUAUGAGUUCAUUUCUAAUAGUGGGGACAUGUCACCACUAUAUGUUGCGUAACCAUAUAAAAGUUGGAAAAUGUCAUCAAAUUUGAUUCACAUGUAUUACGCCAUUGGUGAUGGUCUGACAUGCACCUUUCAAGACUAUAAUUUCAGAUAUUUCAAAAAAGGAAAAUGUAGGGAAAAAAUAUGUGAUGUGGAUAGAAAUAUCUCGCCCUUAAGAUAAAUACAUUGUAUUUCAAAAUUUAGCACAAAGCUUUAAAUUUUGAAACAUCAUUCUCAUGUAAAAGAUAUCUCUCUCCACAUCACACAGAGAUUAAAGCUGUUUAUCUAUUACUCAACAUACAGCUUAUUGUAGACAGGUGAUUCUUCACACAGAUUAAUGUGGACAACUGACUCGCCAUACAGUUCACUGUUGACAUGUGAUUCUCCAUAGUUACUGUGGACGACUUACUUGCCAUACAGUUUACUGUGAACAUGUGACUCUCCAUACAGUUACUGUGGACAUGUAAUCACCAUACAGUUACUGUGGACAGUUGACUUGCCAUACUGUGAACAUGUGACUCUCCAUACAGCCAACAGUGUAUGAGUGUCUCCUUACAACUUACUUUGGUCAAGUAACUCUCCAUACAGCAUACUGUGGUAAAGUGACACACCAUACAGUUUACUGUAGACAGAUAACUUGAUAUACAGCCCACACUGCUUCAGUGAACAUGUGACUCUUCCUGCAGUUCACUGUGGACAUGUGACUCUCGAUACACCAUAGUGUGGACAUGGGACUCCCUACAGCUCACAGUGGAGAGCAGACACACCAUACAGUUUACUGUGGACUGGUAACUCUUUAGGUCACUGGACAGAUGAUUCACCUUACAGUUUACUGUGGAGGAGACACACCUUACAGUUUACUGUGGAGGAGACACACCUUACUGUAUACUGUGGAGGAGACACACCAUACAAUUUACUGUGGAGGAGACACACCUUACAGUUUACUGUGGACAGGUAACUCUUUAGGUCACUGGACAGAUAAUUCACCUAACAGUUUACUGUGGAGGAGACACACCUUACAGUUUACUGUGGAGGAGACACACCUUACAGUUUACUGUGGAGGAGACACACCUUACAGUUUACUGUGGAGGAGACACACCUUUCAGUUUACUGUGGAGGAGACACACCUUUCAGUUUACUGUGGAGGAGACACACCUUUCAGUUUACUGUGGAGGAGACACACCUUUCAGUUUACUGUGGACAGGUAACUCUUUAGGUCACUGGACAGAUAAUUCACCUAACAGUUUACUGUGGAGGAGACACACCUUACAGUUUACUGUGGAGGAGACACACCUUUCAGUUUACUGUGGACAGGUAACUCUUUAGGUCACUGGACAGAUAAUUCACCUAACAGUUUACUGUGGAGGAGACACACCUUACUGUUUACUGUGGAGGAGACAAACCUUACUGUAUACUGUAGAGGAGACACACCUUACAGUUUACUGUGGAGGAGACACACCUUACUGUUUACUGUGGAGGAGACACACCUUACAGUUUACUGUGGAGGAGACACACCUUACAGUUUACUGUGGACAGGUAACUCUUUAGGUCACUGGACAGAUAAUUCACCUAACAGUUUACUGUGGAGGAGACACACCUAACAGUUUACUGUGGAGGAGACACACCUUACAGUUUACUGUGGAGGAGACACACCUUUCAGUUUACUGUGGAGGAGACACACCUUACAGUUUACUGUGGAGGAGACACACCUUACAGUUUACUGUGGACUGGUAAUUCUCCAUACAACCUAUUUACAUAUAACUAAGCCCAACCUAACAUAGAACCUUAUCUGAUCUAUUCAGAGCCUGAGUGGAACCAACACUUAAUCCAAUGUGGACAGGUGACUCUCCAUUCAGUUAUUGUGGAUAGGAGACUCACCAUACGUCUUAAUAUGAACAGGCAACUCGUACAACACACCAAAAUUUCUCUGGCUCUGCUAAGCUGAUGCACUUCAAAAGUACUUCUGCUCACUGAUUAUUACAGUUUGUACCAUGUUGUUUUGUUUACCUUUAUAAGAGGAAUUAGGUGUUGAAACAAUUGACAUGCUUUUAACAUUUAGUUUGAAAACAUUUUCAAGAAUGAAUUAUCAUCAUCACUUAAUCAUGGAUAUUUUAAGCUUUACUUUCCUUGAAAUUAAAGAUACUUAUUUUAUCAAAUGAUGUGCUUUUGGUUUCACAACUUAUUUUAUCAAAUGAUGUGCUUUUGGUUUCACAUAUUUGUUUUACAGAAAUGUUAAUUUUAUAACGGCAAACUGCAAAAUGUUACAAUUAAUCUUUGAACCUUUAUAUACUGGUGUUUGUAUAGAAAACAAGUGUUAUAUGAUGAUCGAAAUUAUAAUAUUUACAGUCAGAUGCUCUCCUUGUACUUUUUUUGACUUUUUCCACACCUCUUUUAUAAAUGAUACACAUCCUCGGUGAUCUACUUAAGGAACUACAAUAUCUUUCAAUCUUUGAAAUGUCUAGAUACAAAUUUUGAGUUUAUAUUGUUGCAGAGAGCAAUUAUUUUCUACUGUCCCUGUUGUAUGGAGAUUGACAUAUGUAACCUCAGGAAUGAUCCUUCUAGCAUGUGACAAAAUUAAGUGAUGGAAAUUUGAAUUAUUUUCCAGGAGAGAAUAUCUUAUUUAAUAUAGACAAAGGACAACAUUACCAAUAUAAUGUGGAUAUUUUGGACAAAGGAUUCUCUGUUCCUUAAAAACUCUUGUUACAUUUAUCUUUAAAACUUUAAAUACUGUGAUAGUACGUGGCAUGGCAGAAGGGGAGAUAAUCUAGAGUACAUAAACAUUCAAGCAAUAGUCAAAUCUGUCUGUUGGUUUUCUUUCCAUGAUGUAUAUAGGUAUUAACAAAUAUCGUCAUGAGGUGAUUUCACAUUAUGAUAAUGCUAACCCCUUAUCAUUGCAAUACUUGUCUAAUAUAGUGUUAACUGGAAUGAAAAGCUUUGCUGUCACAUUGAUUUUUCACACAUUGUGUGAAUGACUGUAAUCUUGUACCUUUAGGUAUAGGAGUUGUUCAAGAUUUCAUAUUUUUUCUUUAUACAAAUUUGUUGAAGAAUGCUAUAAUAAAUUCUUAUUAAUAUGCCAAA